AGAGAAAAGGCGGCGGCCGGGGCCGGGGCGAGAGACUCCCCGGAGGCGCACCGGGCGCGGGCGUGGGGUUCCGGGCGGCGCCGGGACGGGCGCGGAGCGGCCGGGCGCAGCGGCCGCGGCAGGCAGGGCUCGGGCAGCGGUUCGGCCGCGCGGGCCGCUGGAGCUGGACUGAGCACUAUGGAGGAAGAUCUGCAGCAUUCACACUGUGUGAAUUGUGUCAGUAGACGUUGUAUGACCAGACCAGAGCCUGGGAUUUCCUGUGACCUGAUUGGUUGUCCAUUGGUUUGUGGAGCAGUUUUCCAUUCUUGCAAAGCUGAUGAGCACCGACUUUUAUGUCCACUUGAACGAGUGCCUUGCUUAAACAGUGACUUUGGAUGUCCAUUUACCAUGGCCCGAAAUAAAGUUGCUGAGCAUCUAGAAGUAUGUCCUGCAAGUGUGGUGUGCUGUACAAUGGAAUGGAACCGAUGGCCCGUUAGUUAUGCAGACCGGAAAUCAUAUGAAAAUCUAAGCAGAGAUGUUGAUGAAGUGGCACAAUUAGACAUGGCUUUGGCCCUUCAAGACCAAAGGAUGCUGUUAGAAUCACUCAAGGUAGCCACCAUGAUGUCAAAAGUGACUGAUAAAGUAUCUCAACCUAGAGAACAAAUCUCAGUGAAAUCAAACGUUCCAGAAAUGCCACAUCCUAAUGGUUUGGUGUCUGUUGAUGAAGAAUCUUAUGGUGCACUCUAUCAAGCUACUGUGGAAACAACCAGAAGUUUGGCUGCUGCUUUAGACAUCCUUAAUACUGCCACGAGAGACAUUGGUGCAUUAAGUGCAAAUCUUGGCACUUCUGCAGAUGAGAUGGAUGAAGAGCAAAAUACCAGAGAAAGUUUACAGGAUGACACCUUAAAAAAACAGGACCAUCUUUUUGAGACUGAGAUAGGAGCAGUAGGUGGAAUUGAUCCUAAUGACACAACUGAGACUGUCCAGUCUGAACGAAAUGGUUCAAGUGAUUUAUUGUGCGACUUGAACACAAGUUCUUAUGAUAACUCUUCUCUUUGUAAUGGCUUUCCUUCAGAAAAUAUAUGUGGACAAGUCGAAGACCAAAAUCAGAAAUCUCAUGGUGAUUCAAAACAAAGCGUGUUGGCAAACGGAGAAUGUUUGGCAUCAGAUGGUGCUUUGGAAGCUUCCCGUUCACUUUCAGCACAACUUAGGGAAGUAAUGCCAUCGGGUACUUUGCCUAAUGGGACAGUUCAGCAUAUCCUCAUGCCAGAUGGUGGAGAUGAAAGAGAUUUGUGCUGGAGAAAAGUGGAUUUAGGAGACUUGAGAAAUAUGGAUGUCUUAUCUUUCAAUCAUGCUCCUUCAUUCAAAUUUCUUUCUAAUUCCUGUUGGUCCAAACCAAAGGAAGACAAAGCAGUAGAUACAUCAGAUUUGGAAGUUGCAGAAGAUCCCAUGGGCCUACAAGGCAUAGAUUUGAUCACAGCAGCCUUACUGUUUUGUCUAGGAGAUUCUCCAGGUGGGAGGGGUAUAUCUGAUAGUCGCAUGGUUGAUGUUUGCCACAUUGAUUUUGGGACACAGACUUUUUCACUUCCAUCUGCAAUAUUAGCUACAAAUACAAUGGUUGGAGAAAUCGCUUCAGCUUCAGCUUGUGAUCAUGCCAAUCCACAGCUGUCAAAUCCAAGUCCUUUUCAGACACUUGGGCUGGAUUUGGUGUUAGAGUGUGUCGCUAGAUACCAACCUAAGCAGCGUUCAAUGUUUACUUUUGUGUGUGGACAGUUAUUUAGAAGAAAGGAAUUCUCUUCACAUUUUAAGAAUGUGCAUGGUGACAUCCAUGCUGGACUCAAUGGCUGGAUGGAGCAACGCUGUCCUUUAGCUUAUUAUGGUUGUCCCUAUUCUCAGCGUAGAUUUUGUCCAUCAACGCAAGGUGGGAAGAUUAUCCAUGACCGCCAUUUAAGGUCCUUUGGAGUUCAGCCAUGUAUAUCUACAGUAUUAGUAGAGCCUGCUAGAAACUGUGUGCUGGGACUACAUAGUGACCAUCUAAGUAGUCUUCCCUUUGAAGUUCUGCAACACAUUGCAGGCUUUCUGGAUGGCUUCAGUUUAUGCCAGCUCUCAUGUGUAUCCAGGUUAAUGAGAGAUGUGUGCGGCAGUCUGCUUCAGUCUCGAGGAAUGGUCAUACUGCAGUGGGGCAAGAAGAAGUAUCCAGAAGGAAAUUCAUCAUGGCAGAUUAAAGAGAAGGUAUGGCGAUUCAGUACUGCAUUUUGUUCUGUUAAUGAAUGGAAAUUUGCUGACAUCCUAAGCAUGGCUGACCAUCUGAAGAAAUGCAGUUACAACGUUGUAGAGAAACGAGAGGAAGCAGUCCCAUUGCCAUGUAUGUGUGUUACAAGAGAACUCACUAAAGAAGGACGCUCACUACGCUCAGUUUUAAAACCUGUACUUUGAAAACUCUAACUUCACUUGCACAUACAUGCAAGCACCUAGUAUGUUUUCUGUCAUUUGUGACACUUUAUUAAUGUAUUAAAGAUUACAAGUAGCUAAAUUUAUUGUCACUAUGUAUAUAAUGUUUUGAAGUGACAUAUAUUUUUAUAAAGUACUGUUUAGUUGGAGAAAAAGCUGCCUUAAUGUUUGAAAUGUGUGAACUUUUGGAACUUGCUGGACAGGGUGAUUUAGUUUUUACUUACAUAGUUUUCAUAAUUAGUAUUUUUAGUGGUGUGUAUUUUUGGGUUUUAAAUUUUUUCCUUCUUAAAUAAGAUCCUGACCAAAUGAUUUACUCCUCAUCUUUUCUAUGGGUUGCAGCCCAUGCAAUCAAAAAGUGAAACUUGUAUUCAAAUUUUUGCUUAGAUUUUUCAGAUAAAAUCAUUCAGUUGUUGAAGCACUGCCAUAAGAUUGUUAAAAAGUUUUGAUUUUCUAGUCCCCCUCUUAUACAAGUGUUGAUACAUGUAUGAUCUCAACAUAUACAUACAUGAAAUUUCAAAUCAUGACUAAUGUUGGAUACUAUCAUUCAUCAUGUUUUAAAAAUAAUUCACAAAGAUGUUUUUGUGUUCAGUACUUUCAGCUCUUACACAGAUAGUGACCAUGUGCAGCAUUCCUUUUGUUAAAUGUCACAUUGCAAACACCCAGGGAGAUGUGUUACAGGACAGGCGAAAACAAUUUAAAAAAACAAAAGCAAGCCUACAAAUUUAAUUGGAAACUUUUCAUAGCAUUAGAAAUUUGUGAGGUAUUUUAAUGUUUGAAAAGAAAAUAUGCGUUAUUUCAAUUUUUAAUUUGGCAGAGUGACUAAAUUAAGUGUUCAAAAUGCACCCGGAAUAACUUUUUGUAUAAGCAUUUUAAAAUUUUACCCUUUAGCCUUUGAUUUUUAUAAAAAUUACAGUUAUAUUUCUUUAAGACAUUUGAAAAUGUGAGAUUUAUUAUCUUCUUCGCAUGAUGACAAUCAUGCAGAAACUUACCUUGGUUCACAAUCUCUUAAACAUCUUCAGAUUUACUUUCCAUAGAUUCUGCGUGAGUUCUAUCAAAAAGUAAGAAUUGCAUCUUUGUGUAAAGAUCGUUGUGUAACACAAAAAUAUCCAAAGGCCUAUUGUUGUGGCAUUUUAUUAUAGUUUUCAAAUUGAUCUACACUAUUUUUAAUCUGUGAUGAUCACUUGAAAAACUGAACAUGCAGGCUCUAUCAGUAUUGAGAAGUGGAUUUCAAAGAUAUCCAUAUACUUAAAUAAUUUAAGAACAUUCUGAUAUUUGGUAGUCUGAAAUAGCGACAGUUAUCUUUUUACUAUGUUGAAAAUCAAUUCUUUUUUGUUUCCACUUGUCCCUAACAGUGCCCUGUUAUACUGGUUCUUAAUUUCCAUAUAUAGCAGCCAGGCUGGGCAGAGGUGUUCCUUGGGCAUUCAAAAAGGGUUCUUAACUGCUUAAGAUUUGUUUUGGUUGGAUCAAGUCCUUUUUACAGUUGAAAAUAGGGUAUUGAAGACUAAUUGUUUUGCCUCAUAUCAUUUUUAGUGGUAGAAUACCUACUCAAUGCUUAAACUUUCGCCAUCUUGGAGAUUAAAAUGCAAAAACAGCCUCUAUUUCUGUGAGAAAACUAGAAAUAAGCUAUCAUACUGUAACAUAUAACUCUGCCUUUUACAGUUUUGCUGAAGAAUGUGUCUAUGGUUAGGGUAGCACAGCAUCAACUUCUUGUUUUGUGAUUGUGCUUUUUAAAAUUUAUGGUUUUUAAACUUACGAUUUCUUGUUUCCGCACUGGAUCAUGAGAUAUUUAACAUUCUUCCACCUUGUAUUUCUUUUACACAUAUUUUGCUGUUCUUGUUUGUUGUGCCACCAUACUAUUUUGUUAAAAUGUGUUUUUUUGUGCAACAUUUGUUUAAGUUCUAAUAAAAUGUUUUCUCUUUA